AAAGAAGAGACGUCAAACACGACGAAACAAGUUCUUCACUCCGUUCGAUUGCAAAGUCGCGGAAGGGCGCUUGUCGGAUGUGAUCGACUCGUCACUCGGAUAAGAACAUGUUCAUGGAAUGGAUGAAUGAGAAACGAACCAAGAAGGACUUUCGUCUCAAGAACGAUGAUGACAAAAGACUAUGGGUUCGACUUCCGGAUGGAAAGAGCGAAGAGGAAGUGGAACCGAUCAACUCGAUGAUGAACGAGAUGGAUCAGUUCAAUGAGGUAGCGAAGAAGUACAUCUUGAAUGACAUGCGCGAUUAUCCCAGUGUUUUAUCAUUAUCAUAGCAUACAAUCUCAUGUGAACACAUGCCGGAGAAGCCAAGACACUCAAUCACACCGAUGAUCGAUUGGGACACCUUCGCAUCGUACGGCGAGAACGCAACGACGAGUGGUUGGAGGAUUAUCUGAAAUGGUACAGAAAUGCCAUGGAGGAACAAGAGAUCGAAGGAAGUGGAUUUGAGUACCGUAAUUGGAUCGGUUUCCAUGUCGAAAUGUUCCCACUUCGUACAUUCGUGGGUUAAAAACAUCAUACACCUUUGAUCAUUGGACGCACUGUGAUCACCCCCAAUAUCUAUGACAACCGAUGCCUGCAACGAUAUCUCAUUCUGGCAAGUGAAGGCGGACACAAGAUAAUUGCAAAUCGCAAGAUGGGCGAUGCGAGUGUGUACAACAAGUGGUGGAAACAACCUGACAAGUACAAGGUAUUCGGAGUGACAAUUCAUGAGGUGGAGGAAGCAAUGGACAUUUGCGAUAACAAGGCAUUCGAUCAAAGUGAAGAGAAUUUUGUGAGAUUGGAAGAACUGUUGAAAGUCUCUUCCAAUGUCUUCGAAUUCACUCUCUUACCUGGAUACGAUGACAAGACCAAGGGUAACCGAAUGGCAAUGGAGGAAGUGUAUCGCUUUGCAUUGUGAAUGAUACACAAGAGGGGGAAAAACCCCAAGCACUUCUUGUACAUCAAGGAUUUGAGCGAUUUCAAACAUCGCAUCUUUCGUCAGAGUGAUGCGAAGAAUUAUAGAAAUCUCGCAAGAAACACGAAGUGCAGAUUCUGUGACGACUUCUUCGGAUCUUGCAAAGCCGUUCAUGCUCACGAAGUACAAGCACAUCGAGAACUCGUCAAUGAAAGCGAUCAGUACGAGUUGUCGAACGAGGAGACUCGGUUGCGAUUCACAAACCAGAGAUACGAAAUGCCAGCAGCUGUCGUCGUGUACGCUGACUUCGAGUCGGCCAUUGAUGACAAAAACAGACACAAGCCGAUCAUAUUGUCUUGUUUGGCUGUGUCACACAUUCUAGAUAUCCAGAAGCCACUUCGAGUCUACCAUGCACCACACAAGAACGAAGAAGAUCUUCGUCCUUUCAUAGACUAUCUCGUGCAAUUACAAGAGAGAGUGAAAACGUAUCUCUUCGAUAAAUUACCCCUCGAGAACACUCCCGAAAUCGAGAGAGAUUAUCAGUCUACGUCUGUGUGACCAUUCUGUCGUAAGAAACUGGAGGACGACAAGGUGAGACAGCAUGCACAUGUGGCAGGUGAAUACACCACAGGAAAGGGAGAAGUACGCCACUUCGAAGCUGGGCAGUACAUCUGUACCUGUUGUACCAAGUGCAAUCUACAACUCUCGUUCAACAAGAAGAACUAUCGUCUGCCAGUCUACUUCCACAAUGGAUCGCACUAUGAUUUCACAUUCAUCAUGAAACUCAUCGCGACGAUGCCUGGCGGGAAUCUCGAAGUCAUUCCCAUCACUGAAGACAAGGAAAUGCAGAUCGAGUACAAUGGUAUUCAAUUCAAGGACUCGUUGAAACUCAUCAGCAGUCCACUGCGUUCCAUUGUGGCACAGACACUUGGAGGCAACCUUGAUUUGUACGUGCACACCAAACAACAACUACGCAAGUACUGCGAGUCUCGAGGUAAGCAAUGGAAUGACGAAUACAUCGAUUUGUUGACACGGAAGGAACCCAUGUUCUACAGUCUCAUCAAAUCGUACGAGUCAUUGAACAAUACCGUCAUUCCUUCUCGUGAGCAAUGCAUUGAUGAUAUGAAGGGAGAAAUGAUGCCCCAAGACGAAUAUGAUCACAUGGUGAAGCUGUGGAAGACUUUCGAUAUCAAGACAUGGGGUGAAUACUACGAAUUGUACAAUGUACUCGAUGUGACUCUCAUGGCUGAUGCAUUCGAACACUUCCGAAACACCACACUGAAUGCAUUCGGUGUUGAUCCCAUGCAUUACAUCACAGCACCGCAAAUGGCAGAUUCGCUAUUCUUGAAGGUCACAAUGGAGGGCGAUCAUAGUGAGAGUAGCCUCAUGACCCUCGCAAGGAAAUGGGCUCAGUACAUCAUGCGCAUCAACGCCAACGAGGGACUCGCCGAGAAACAACUGGUGAAAGUGUUCUUGAAUCGCAUGGGUGAAUUCUAUGAGAGCAAGGGCAUUCGAUUGAUGGAGACAAAUGAUAUCGAUGACUUCAUGCGAUUGUUGAAGAACCUGCGAGGAGGAAUCACACAGAUCGUGAAACGACAUGCCAAGGUUGACAUUGACAACAAGGAGCAAGCAACGUCGUCCCAAGGCAUCUACUACCUGGACGCCAACAACCUGUACGGUGGAGCCAUGCAUCGAAUGAUGCCUUAUGAGUUGGUGGGUGUACCUGAACGACGAGAAGUGAUGGAGAAAAUCAAUCGUGAUCCGAAUGGGUGGGUGCAAUCACUCAAGACAUUCGGCAAGUAUGGAUUCUUCGUCGAGUGUGACAUCGAGGCACCAGUGGAACUCCACGACAAGUUCAAUGAUCUGCCAUUCUUCCCCGUACAGAAGGCGGGCAUGUACUCCGAUGGAAUCAAGAAGUACGCUGAGAAGAACGACAUUGUGGACAAAGUGAAAGAGGUGAAUACACCGAAGCUCAUCUGCGAUCUUGUGCCUCGUCAAAAGUAUCUCGUACAUUACUCACUGUUGCAACUGGGCAUUCAACAGGGAUAUCGUGUCACUCACAUUCAUCACAUCAUUCGUUUCAAGCAGGCACCGUUCGUCUUCGAGUAUGUGAACAUGCUGAGUGAGAAACGAGCGAAGUCUAAGACCACCGUGGAGAAGAACCUGUACAAGCUGUUGGCAAACUCCACCUAUGGCAAAUUCGUUGAGACUGGGCUGAAACGGAUGAAAGUGAAGUUCGCUAACACAUGGAAUAAACCUGAUGCAGUAAUUCAAAAGCAUGGGUAUGAUAUGAUUACAGGAACCACCAUGUAUUCCGAGAAUCUGAUUGGUAUCAAGCUGAACACACCGGUGCGCAGGGUGGAGAAGCCGUUCUUCAUCGGGUUCGCCAUUCUCGACAUGUCCAAGCACAUCAUCUACGAUUUCUACUACAACGUGCUCAAGAACACAUUCGAUAACGUUGAGCUGUUGGGACAGGACACGGAUUCACUCAUCGUACAACUGCACGAUCGCGCUAACAUCGUCCACAAGAUGUGUGACAUGUACAAAUCGUUCGACUUCUCGGAAUUGGAUAACACUAGCUACUUCUAUGGUGAACUCGUGAAGUACUAUGAGCAUGAAGUGGACAAGAACAAGUUCCCUCCAUUGGACUCGUUCCUCAACUUCAACAAGAAGUUGCCUGGUCCCAUCUUCAAGGACGAGCACAACGGACAUCGCAUUACAGAGUUCGUGGGACUGAGACCGAAGAUGUACUGCUUGGUUGAUGAGAAGCAUGUAGUACACAAUGCAGCAAAGGGAGUUCCUCGCAACGUGGUAAUCGAUGGUGAGAGAAUGAGCGUGAAGAACAUCGACUUGUACAAGCGUGUCUUCGAGGCCAAGAGGAAUGGAAAUGUAAUCAUUGAGGGCUCCUUCAAGAGAAUCAAUAAUUAGGAAUUCGAUAUCACAACGAAGGAGCAGACCAAGACACUCAUGACAUGCACGGACAACAAGAGAAGGAUCUUGGACGACAACGUGCACACACUCGCGUUCGGGCAUUACCGACUGAAAGGCAUGUAAAGGAGAUGUUGAUUUUUACUUUGUUUUUUAUCAGAUAGUGUAUAAAGGGCAGACAAUGACCAAAAUGGCAUAAAAUGGUAGAAAUAAUUUUCGCGCUUUUUACGUCAUGGCUAUCGAGGUAGCCGAGUUGACAAUGGUCGAAAAUGGCGACCAGGUAGAAAAUAGGCAGCCAGGAAUAAAAUAGCAGAAAAAGGCGUCGUCGAUUUUCGGCUAAGGUUGAUUUUGGUGACCUUAUUUCUUAUGAAAGCCAAAAAAGUAAAGUUGUCAAAGUCACCUCUCAGACCCCGAUUUUAGGGCAUUUUCCUCAUGGAUUUGAGGUGUAAGGGCCUGAAAAGGGCAGAAAAAGGGCAGAAAUAUUUCUCGCGCUUUUUAUGUCAUUUACCUACUACUAGUGAAUAUUGAUCGUUUUUAGAUAUUCCAAAUCUUCAAUAUGUCAAGCUACCUUACGCUUACCAGAGAGUUUGGUCGAAAUCAAUAUCGAAUGUUUCUUCCAUUCUAGCUGAUCAUGUUCAUAUCACAAUGGAUACAGCUGUGUCACCAAAGCAAGCACCGUUAUCUAUCAUAUGGUAAUAAUAGAAUCGAUGUUUCUUUACCUUAUUUCAAUAUAUUUCUACUUCUUUAAUUUCAUUCCAUUCCAUUCAAUGAUUAUUGUAUAUUCUCUAUGUUUCUCUCUGCU